AGCAGACAUCACUCUGCAGUUCUUUGAAUCUACAGAAAUUAAGGUCGAGAUUUGAGACAACAAUGGCGAUUACUCUUAACAAUGGCUUCAAGAUGCCCGUGGUCGGUCUCGGUGUUUGGCGGAUGGAGGGGAAAUCCAUCAAAGACCUUCUUACCUCCGCCAUUAAGAUCGGAUAUCGUCAUUUCGAUUGCGCUGCUGAUUACAAGAACGAAGCAGAAGUUGGAGAGGCACUUAAGGAAGCAUUUCAGACUGGCCUUGUUAAACGGGAGGACAUUUUCAUCACAACCAAGCUUUGGAAUUCAGACCACGGACAUGUUCUUGAGGCCUGUAAAGACAGUAUGAAGAAACUUCAGCUAGAAUAUCUUGAUUUAUACCUUGUCCACUUCCCUGUAGCCACAAAGCACACAGGUGUAGGAACAACUGACAGUGCUCUCAGUGAAGAUGGUGUGCUGGACAUAGACACUACCAUUUCCCUGGAGACUACCUGGCAUGCUAUGGAAGAGCUGGUCUCUCUGGGUUUGGUACGCAGUAUUGGUAUCAGUAACUAUGACAUCUUUCUCACAAGAGAUUGCUUAGCCUACUCAAAAGUGAAGCCUGCAGUUAAUCAGAUUGAGACACACCCCUACUUCCAACGUGAAUGUCUCGUCAAAUUCUGUCAAAAGUAUGGCAUAUGUGUUACAGCACACACUCCUAUUGGUGGUGCUGCUGCCAACACAGAAUUGUUUGGUUCAGUCUCUUGUUUGGAUGAUCCAGCCCUCAAGGGUCUGGCUGAAAAAUAUAAGAAAACGGUGGCUCAGGUGAUUCUCCAAUGGGGCAUUCAGCGGAACACAGUUGUCAUCCCAAAGUCAUCAAAAGUAGAGAGGUUGCAAGAGAAUUUUGAAGUGCUUGAUUUUGAGUUGACCAAAGAGGACAUGGAGUUGAUUAAGAGUUUGGACCGGAAAUAUAGGACCAACAACCCAGCCAAGUUUUGGGGCAUUGAUCUUUAUGCGUAAGUAGUGUUUCUUGUAAUUCUAUAAGCACGGGAUGGAUCCUUGUUUCCUGGAAAACUAGGUUAAAAUUUGGGGAAUGCUGUUUGUAAACUCAAAAAUGUUGCUCUUAUUCUUGGAUGCCUAAUAAAUCUGUCAAAAUCC